UCAUACAAGAGCCAUUUGACAGUAAACUUGGUUGCUGUUCAGUUCAGUUCAAAAUUUCAUAUAACUUGCCUGUGUUCAAUAAUAAUUGUGUGUGUUUUCUGGGAUAUUUAUUGUAAACAUAUACUUGGACAUAAAUAUUUCAAUUGAUUUUAGAUUGUAUAAUCUUGUUUGUUGAAAGUGAAUUAUCAAAAUGGCGACAUCUGCAUUUUCUAGAAAUUUUGAUUUGCUUAAAUAUUAUUGUUGUACAAUCUGCGAGAAAGAACGGUCUGUAGAAAUAGAUGCAGAUUUUUAUUGUAAAACAUGUCUUAAAUACUUCUGCAGAAGAUGUAUAAACUCCCACAGACAGCAUGGUUGGUUGUUUUUCAAAAAAUCUCCUUAUGGAAAGGAUAAAAUAAUGAAGUGGCCACUUUCUCAGAAGAUGGAGACUUCUCUUUUAAUAUGCAUCAUACACAAGUGUGAACAAAUAACAAUGUACUGCGCAGACCACAGUCAGCUGUGCUGCUGUAAAUGUGUUGAGCUUAAUCACAGACUAUGCGUACAAGUAACUCCAUUACCUCAGGCUGCCGGAGGGAAGUCAACCAACUUCAAGAACCUGUCUGUCAGCACGGAAAAUACUCUUUCACAACUGAAACAAUGUCAGACGUAUCAGGAGGACAGAAUCAAGUCUCUUAAGGUUUCAUACAAAGAACAUGAGAGGCUUAUUGUGGAUGGUGAUGCGCGUGUGAAUAUAGUAUCAUAUUUACGCGAAUGUGAAACCAGCACAGUUAAUACAACACAUAAAACAUAGCAAUACCCAAUCAGUGAAAUGCGUGAGGAAAUCAAAUAUUUAUUAGCAGAUUUUGAGAAAAGCACUAUUAAGGAGAAGAAAGAAGAGCUAAACCUGAAACAAGCUGCUCUCAAGGUUGUGAGAAACAGCUGCAUUAGACUUCACUAUGAAUUGUUCCAUCUCCAUGUAGCCAUACCGAAAGUACUGGGUAAAGAAAUCUCUUUUAUUGCCAGUAAAAAAUGUCUGGAAAAUAUACAACAGUCUAAUAUAUUUAUAAAAGAGAACUUUCCAAACCAUGUUUUCACUGUGAAUGGGAAGUCUGUGCACAAUGUAAAAAUGCCAAGUGAUUUACACA